AUGUCUUACGGGCUUAAGGAGACUUUGGCAGGUAACAUUUUGCCUGACCACCUCCAAGGUGGUGUUGUCUCGGGCAUUCUCCGCCUCAAGCUCACCGUUCUGGACACCAAAGAUGUCGACCCCGACAUCUGGGUGUUCACCGUCUCCAACUGUCUUCCUCACGUACCCAUACCAUUUCAUUUUGUCCCAAGCAGUGGUAAAAUUGAGUACAAGAUGCAGACAGAGUCCAAAACGCCAUUCCUGUUCAAACUGCGUAACGACGCUAUUCUACGUUGUGGACCACCUAGACCUCACGUAUACGUCUCAGAGUCGCUUAAGGUUACCCCCCUAACGGAUCCUUAUAAAGCUUCGCAAGGGAAUACAAGGAAAUAA